UCGGAUUUCUCAAUGAAAAAACCACAAACCAUGUAGCACCGGUUUAGUGCUAUAAAUGUGGUUUAUUUUUGGACAAAGAUUAGUUGGAAGGUUUGUGGACGAAGGUCGGUUAGUUGUCAUAGACUCAUAAUAUGCAGAACUACAAAAGUGCUCUUUGCCUUAAACCGACCUAGCGAAUUCUCAUAACAAGUGCCCUACCACCCGUGCAAUACGCUGAUAAUAAUAUUUAUUAUGGACACCCGAUUACUGAUCUGCGUAUUCUCGUUAUCACUCCUCUGGAUAAAUAUGGCUACCGCCGUUGGAUUCGAAGGAAUUCCCGGAAGUUACUGCUCACAACUACCAGCGGACGCAGGUGGAUGCUGUUUGUACCGAAACGAUGAAUGCGCUGUAGAUAUUCGUCCGGCUGAUCCAGAAACGCAAGGCGAUAGCCGAUACGAUACCCUUUGCUACUGUGAUGACUUCUGUGAUCGGCGGGAUGAUGGUGACAUUCCCGACUGUUGUCCAGAUUUCUAUUCGCAUUGCCGCGGAAUCAGUAACCUUCCCACAAUGACCAUGGAAAGUGCCAACACUACAACAACGACCACCACCAGACGCACAACUACGACAACCACAACAACGACCGCGCCGGACGACGCCACGUGGACCAUACCACAACCUGAUUCAGAUUCUCUAGGUUGUUGGGAUGGUGAUAAGUUGUAUGAAGCUGACAACAGAAUGCAGAAGAACUGCCGCGUUUGCACCUGCCGUGAAACCGCGGACGCCGACGACAAGCCGUUUGCAUUUGAUUGUGAUAAUAAAAUCGAGUGUCUCAUUGAUGAGGAUAUCAUUAUCGACAUUAACAGCAAUCCUGACAAGUACAGAUGGAAAGCAAGCAACUACUCUUUUAUGUGGGGCCUGACACUGGAGGAAGGAUGCCGCUUUCGAUUGGGAACCAAGAAGAGCUUCGUUAACAUGCUGUCCAUUAGGACGAAACCGCAAGACCUUCCCGACAAUUUUGACGCCCGGCUAAAAUGGCCCGGUCUUAUACAGGAGAUCCGUGAUCAAGGCAACUGCGCAGUCUCAUGGGCAUUUUCUACUGCCGCCGUUGCAGCAGAUCGUAUCGCCAUAAUGAGUAAAGGCUCCAAAAAACUGUCCUUUUCGGUGCAACAGUUGAUGUCCUGUGAGACGAUUCCGGCAUAUCAAGGAUGUAAGGGUGGACUGGUCGAUCGAGCAUGGCAGUACUUUACGUAUAAAGGGGUUCUGCAAGAUGAGUGCUAUCCCUUCGGAAAACUGUGCGCAGAUGAUCGCUGUCCAGGACGUAGUGGGUACUGUCCCGUGGAAACCGUGGGAAACACAACCGGCGUGUGGGACUGCCCCAACCGAGCCUCCGAUCAACGCAUUCUGUACACUGCUGGACCCCCGUAUCUCAUUGAUUCAAAAGAGGACGCGAUAAUGAGCGAGAUUUACCGUCACGGUCCGGUGCAAGCGGUCUUUCAAGUGUUCCCUGACUUUUUUAUGUACCGCAGUGGCGUGUACCAUGUCUCUAGUCAUGCUCGCCUGCAUCCGCGUUAUCAGCAUUAUCUGCAGUCUCCCAACUCCUACCAUUCAACGAGAAUUAUCGGUUGGGGUAUUGACCACACUGAUGGGAUUUCCACUAAAUACUGGCUGUGUAUGAACUCGUGGGGGACACAGUGGGGAGAAGAUGGGACCUUUCGAAUUCUACGUGGGAAAAACGAAGCCGAGAUCGAAUCGUUCGUAGUUAGUGUACUAUCAUAUAAAUCGCUUUCUCAACCCAAUAAAUUCAGUGGAAAACCUUCGGAAAUUGAAAAGUCUCCGCCGCAACCAGUACCAACGUCGACUAGACUGCCAGAUACUACCACUAAAAAACCAGUACCAACAUCGACCAGACCGCCCGGCACGACCACCAAAAAACCCCGCGGCAGCUGGAAAUUAUUUGACGGCUGGUUUGACUAAUUUUUGGUUAAGCAUGAAUGACCAUUUCCUAUAACGAUUCAGUGGUACAGUUUGGCUUUUCUGGAAUGCAGAGAAGUGCAACAGUCGUUUUUGCAUUUUCAGCAGCAUUUAUCUAUAGUUCAGCAGCAUUUAUCUAUUUGCCUUAAGUCAGUAACAUUAGAAAAUUAGCAAUUCACCCAUAAAAUCGGUGCGUUGUACUUAAAUCUGUGCGUUCCUACGUGUUUCUUUCGAUUUUUUGACCAAUUAUCCUU